CCCCGGCCGGGCCCGUGGGCAGGGCGGCGGGGGAUGCGUACGCUGCCACCGCCCCCGGCCCCACCGCCCCGGGGCUUCGCGCCCACCCGCUGCUGCCCGACCCGCCCGCGACCCCUGCCCCGGCUCCUGCCUGGGGGGCCGCGGCCGCGCGGGACCCUCUCCCCUCCAGCCUCGUCCGCCUGCCCAAGACGAGUCCCGCAGGUCAGUGCGGGAGCCCAGUUGCUGAGCCAUGCCGGGCCCCGGGCGGCCGGCAGCAAGCCCAACCCCAGCACCCACAUAGUCAUGAACAGCCACAGACACAAUGGCUUCGGGGGACGGCCACUGGGUGGCGGGCUGGGUGCCCUGGGCCGAGAUCCUCCGGACCCCGAGGUCGGCCACCCGCCACAGCCUCCGAAUGGCCCAGGCAUCCAGGUGGUGGUAGCCAAGAGUGAGCCGGCCCAGCCCUCGCCCGGCAGCCCCCGGGGGCAGCCCCAGGACCAGGAAGAAGAGGAAGAUGAGGAGGAGGAUGAGGCGGGUAGGCAGAGGGGCUCAGGGAAGCCCCCCAGCGUUGGCCACCGUCUGGGCCACCGGCGGGCGCUCUUUGAGAAGCGGAAGCGUCUCAGUGACUACGCUCUCAUCUUCGGCAUGUUCGGCAUUGUUGUCAUGGUGACGGAGACGGAGCUGUCCUGGGGGGUCUACAGCAAGGAGUCCCUGUACUCAUUUGCACUCAAAUGCCUCAUCAGCCUCUCCACGGUCAUCCUGCUGGGCCUGGUCGUCCUCUACCACGCCCGGGAGAUCCAGCUGUUCAUGGUGGACAACGGGGCAGACGACUGGCGCAUCGCCAUGACGUGCGAGCGCGUCUUCCUCAUCUCCCUGGAGCUGGCCGUGUGCGCCAUCCACCCGGUGCCCGGCCACUACCGCUUCACGUGGACAGCGCGGCUAGCCUUCACGUACGCGCCGGCAGCGGCCGAGGCCGACGUGGACGUGCUGCUGUCUGUGCCCAUGUUCCUGCGUCUCUACCUGCUGGGCCGUGUCAUGCUGCUGCACAGCAGGAUCUUCACGGACGCCUCCAGCCGCAGCAUCGGCGCCCUCAACAAGAUCACCUUCAACACGCGCUUCGUCAUGAAGACACUCAUGACCAUCUGCCCGGGCACCGUGCUCCUUGUCUUCAGCAUCUCCUCCUGGAUCAUCGCCGCCUGGACCGUGCGGGUCUGUGAGAGGUAUCACGACAAGCAAGAAGUGACCAGCAACUUCCUGGGGGCCAUGUGGCUCAUCUCCAUCACCUUCCUCUCCAUCGGCUACGGCGACAUGGUGCCCCACACCUACUGCGGGAAGGGCGUGUGCCUGCUCACUGGCAUCAUGGGGGCUGGUUGCACGGCGCUCGUGGUGGCUGUGGUGGCCCGGAAGCUGGAGCUCACCAAGGCAGAGAAACACGUGCACAACUUCAUGAUGGACACUCAGCUCACCAAGCGGGUAAAAAACGCCGCUGCUAACGUUCUCAGGGAGACGUGGCUCAUCUACAAACACACCAGGCUGGUGAAAAAGCCAGACCAUGCCCGGGUUCGGAAACACCAGCGUAAGUUCCUCCAAGCCAUCCAUCAGUAA